AUGGAAAAGAGAUUGGGAGAGCUUAAUAAUAACUUCAUCGUUACAAAAAAGCGACUUAAUUUACUUAUGCGUAGACUUCAAAAAGAUACAAAUCUUCAUUUGCAGUAUAUUGAAACUUUAACGGACUAUGAAAAUAAGAAUAAUAUAGAGAAAGUUAGAUGUCCUAAGGAACCUGUUGAUAAGCCUGUGUUCUAUUUGCCACAUCAACUAGUUUUUAUAGAGAAAAGUGCAACUACAAAAAUAAGAAUAGUAUUUGAUGCAAGUCCAGUCAUAACUUUAAAGAAAGCUUUCCUACAAAUUUUAUUAGCCAAAAAGGAGAGAGAUGCAGUUCGCUUUCUAUGGGAAGAAAAUGGUAAAUUUCAAGUUUACAGAUUUAAUCGUGUUCUUUUUGGUGUUACAAGCAGUCCAUUCCUUUUGACUGCUACUUUGAAAACAAACCUGAGAAAGCACUCUGAAGAAUUCCAGACUACAACAGAAUGCUUAGACCGCUGUUUGUAUGUGGAUGAUUUAUUUGGAGCUGAUAAUGAGCUUUUGAGAUCUCCAUCAACUACAUCAUUAUGA